AAACGGUGAUAUUUUCUCAGAGGAGCUGAGAGUGCAGUCAUGACAACAACGGCCGUCGUCAACCAUCCUAGCAUUUUCACUCACCGGUCGCCGCUGCCGUCGCCGUCCUCCUCCUCAUCCUCAUCGCCGUCAUUUUUAUUUUUAAAUCGUACGAAUUUUAUUCCAUACUUUUCCACCUCCAAGCGCAGUAGUGUCAAUUGCAAUGGCUGGAGAACACGGUGUUCCGUUGCGAAGAAUUAUACAGUUCCUCCCUCAGAAGUUGACGGUAAUCAGUUACCGGAGCUGGAUUGUGUGGUAGUCGGAGCAGGAAUUAGUGGUCUCUGCAUUGCUAAGGUGAUAUCGGCUAAUUAUCCCAAUUUGAUGGUGACGGAGGCGAGGGAUCGUGCCGGUGGAAACAUAACGACGGUGGAAAGAGAUGGAUACUUAUGGGAAGAAGGUCCUAACAGUUUCCAGCCUUCGGAUCCUAUGUUGACUAUGGCUGUAGAUUGUGGAUUGAAGGAUGAUUUGGUGUUGGGAGAUCCUGAUGCGCCUCGCUUUGUCUUGUGGAAGGAUAAACUAAGGCCUGUUCCCGGCAAGCUCACUGAUCUUCCCUUCUUUGAUUUGAUGAGUAUUCCUGGCAAGCUCAGAGCUGGUUUUGGUGCCAUUGGCCUUCGCCCUUCACCUCCAGGUUAUGAGGAAUCAGUUGAGCAGUUCGUGCGUCGUAAUCUUGGUGCUGAAGUCUUUGAACGUUUGAUUGAACCAUUUUGUUCUGGUGUUUAUGCUGGCGACCCAUCAAAAUUGAGUAUGAAAGCAGCAUUUGGGAAAGUGUGGAAGCUAGAACAAACUGGUGGUAGCAUUAUUGGGGGAACCUUUAAGGCAAUAAAGGAGAGAUCCAGUAACCCUAAACCGCCUCGUGAUCCGCGUUUACCAACACCAAAAGGACAAACUGUUGGUUCAUUUAGGAAGGGUCUGAGAAUGCUGCCAGAUGCAAUUUGUGAAAGACUGGGAAGCAAAGUGAAACUAUCAUGGAAGCUUUCUAGCAUUACAAAGUCAGAUAAAGGAGGAUAUCUCUUGACAUACGAGACACCAGAAGGAGUAGUUUCUCUGCGAAGUCGAAGCAUUGUCAUGACUGUUCCAUCCUAUGUAGCAAGCAACAUAUUACGCCCUCUUUCGGUCGCCGCAGCAGAUGCACUUUCAAGUUUCUACUAUCCCCCAGUUGCAGCAGUGACAAUUUCAUAUCCUCAAGAGGCUAUUCGUGAUGAGCGUCUGGUUGAUGGUGAACUAAAGGGAUUUGGGCAGUUGCAUCCACGUUCACAGGGAGUGGAAACACUAGGAACAAUAUAUAGUUCAUCACUCUUCCCUAACCGUGCUCCAAAUGGCCGGGUGCUACUCUUGAACUACAUUGGAGGAGCAACAAAUACUGAAAUUGUGUCUAAGACAGAGAGCCAACUUGUGGAAGCAGUUGACCGUGACCUCAGAAAGAUGCUUAUAAAACCCAAAGCACAAGAUCCCUUUGUUACGGGUGUGCGAGUAUGGCCACAAGCUAUCCCACAGUUUUUGGUCGGACAUCUGGAUACACUAGGUACUGCUAAAGCUGCUCUAAGUGAUAAUGGGCUUGACGGGCUAUUCCUUGGGGGUAAUUAUGUGUCUGGUGUAGCAUUGGGAAGGUGUGUUGAAGGUGCUUAUGAAAUUGCAUCUGAAGUAACUGGGUUUCUGUCUCAGUAUGCAUACAAAUGAAACCUCCUCUUGGGGAGGUACUGUUAGGUUUCAAAAGUUUUGCUUAUUAGAGUUAUUUUAGCUUUGGUAAAUGAUUUAUGCUUGAUUUCAGUCGUUUUUGUUGUAAUCUUGGUUCUCAUUUCUUUGGGACAAAAUGUUCUUGUCAAGGAACAAUACGUUUAGAGUUCGAGUAUCUGUUAAUUGUAAGAAAAUCUAACAUAUUGGGCAUAAUUAGCUGCCUGCUUUGCCAGUAGAUAUAUUAUAUGGCUUGGUUAAAUA